AUGCCAUUUGCAGAGGGAACUUCAGUAACAGCCACUGUCGACGACGGCAGUUCUUAUAUCGGCACCGUCAAGAGCUUCCAGAAUGGAAGAUACGUUGUCGAGAUCGUAAAAGGAGACGUCACGGAGGUCGUCGACGUCGAUGAAUCAAAGGUGAAGGAGUUCCACAUGAUGAUGUCAAACAAGAGCCUGUUCAACCGAAUCGGUCGUUAG